GGGCCUCCCGAAGGCGAGGGUGGCAGAGGGCCGGCACCCAUGGCGGCCUCGCGAACGCCCCGCUGCGAGGGACGCGUCAAGGCGGAGAAAUGGAGAGAAUGGCCGGAGCCCGCGGAGGUUGACCUGAUGGAGGAAUUAGCUAGAGAAGACAUUGAUGAAGCUGUACACACGAUAUUAUUUAGAGAAAAUUAUGUUGUGAAGAAAUUGGAUACAUAUUUUCAGCAUCUGGAUAUUUUUAAGGAGAGACGAAAAGAGAUGUUACAUAAAAAAUGGACUGAAAAUGUUGCAGAGCCUCUUCAGCAGAAAAUUAUGGAAAAAGUAAUUUCAUACAGAAGGAUGGAAAAAAGGAAACAAGAAAACGUUGAAUAUUUUUUAAAGCACUCAAAAAAAAUGGUUACAGUCCUACCAUUUUGUGAUCCUCUGUUUAAAAGACAGCAAGAGAUGGAUAAAGAGAAGAGAGCCGCUUUACAGUAUGAGACAGGAAAGCACUAUACCUUAAAAGAAUUUCAAGAAAUGGAGAAGGCCAGGUUGGAUGCCAGAUUGCCCCAGUUCACAUUUACGCUGCAGAGUGUGAGUCCAAAGGAGUGGCACAAAGCUCCUGAGAGGCUGGCAAGACAGAAACCUCACAGCAAUAAGCACUGUCCUGAAAAGAUCUGCACAGAAAAGAAACACGCGCCUAAUAAAGAGAAACAAAUUACUGACUUAAGUCAAUCUGCUUUUGAAAGGCAGUUUUACUCCUCGAAGCUCAACAAAGGGAAUAAAAGGAAUAAAAAGAAGGUUCUGGUUUUAGGACAGCAAAGACCCAGAUCCUGGACUGCCGGGGAAGGUGGGUUCCGCCGGGGGUUGCCUCCCACGGAGAGAAGAGUGAUGACGGCAGAGGUCCUGGGGCAGCAUCUGGCCUCCCUGCAGCUGGGGGCCAAGCAGGACCGCAGGCGCCCCGCCUCCUCCUCGGAGGCCACAGCAGGAAAGCACGAUUCCCUGGAUUUGGUUCCAGCGUCGCUGCAACAGUUAAGAAAUCUCCCGCCUGUUUUCUCUCUUCAGAAAUGAAAGGAUAAAGCAAGAAAUAGCAAAAUAAUAAUCGUUACUGUUUAUCGAGCUCCUGGUGUGAAGUAGGACCCGUGUGAGGUAUUUUAUAUCCAUUUAAAACUUUUCACAGCAACAUAGAAUUAUCUCCCAGGACAUGAGGGCCAGAGGUGGGUGAACUGCUCAAGUCAGUUGCAGAACUUGAAAGUGGCAGCGUUUGACUUCAAGUCCUGGCCCUCCGGGGCCAAAGCACAGGUGCUUUGGCCAGGGCGCACCCUCUCUUCCCGUCCACUCAGGCCUUGUAAGGUUCGCCAAGCUGCCGAGGGCUGAGGUUCUCUUCCAGAGGAUGGAGCUGCCCUCUGGCCAGGGGGGCUUCCUGAGGCUGAGGAGCCCACAGGACCCUGCUGAUGUCCUGCCCUCUGCUCCCCCAUUCCCCACGGAUAUACGUGGUCUAAGGGCACCCCCCCACCCCCACAUGCCCUUCAGAAAAUCAGGCGAGAACUUGAUUUACUGAAGGGCCGAGCUUUGCUCCUAGUCACAGGCGGUGGCUGGAGUUGCUGGGGGCACCGCCAUUAAAUCACCCCUGGGGUUUGGUGGACGCUGGCCCACUGCAGGCUCCCCUGUCCUAAGUCUACAGAGAAUCCCGAUGUAUCCAGACAGGGGAAAUGGCGCCAGCCACAGCUCAUCCCAGUGCGGGUCCCCACAGACCCAGGACUAGUCCCAGGGAUUAUCCUGGAGCUAAUUCACAGGCAACCCCAGAACUGCUUUAAGCCCCCCUGUGUGGAGCUCUGGAGCCGGCAGGCGGAGGCAGCCCAUGAACACCAGCCCACGAUUGCCCCCCUAAACCCACACAAGACUCUCCUGAAACCCUUCAAAAGCCCAGCAGUCUGCUUUGCUCAGCAUGG